AUGGUCAAUCUUUCAAUCACAUCAACUAUUGUUGAGGCACUUAAUAGUCUAUCCAAAUCCCAAAAAUUCGAAAAAAGUAAAAUUUCUUCGAAGCAGAGUGAUAGUAACUCUGCAGAAACCGUGUUAGCAUCUGAAAGUAAUGAUUUGGGACAGCAGGAAGAUAAAAUCGAUCCUGGAGUUGGAAGUGAAAAUUUGCUGCAUAAAGAGAAAAUAUACAUGGAACCGGAUCUCUCAGAGCCUAAGGUCGGCAACCCAAUUUCACAUCACCAAAUAAUUGCGCUUUCUAUGGCUUUAAGAUCUUGUGAAAAUCAGCUGUAUUGUCUUGAAGAUCUACUGAGGGGAUCGAGAAUUCACAUGCCGCCUCCGCCAGUGGAACCUGAAAAAACUUCAGAAUACAAAAUCUUAAUGGCACGCCUUCGCCGACAGGAGGAAGCUCGCAGUUACGAAAAGAUGGUAAAUCAUCAGUCUCGUACAGGGCCCCCUUCUUUGAAUUCUACUAAUGCCUCAGCCGCUCACCCAUUCUCUAACAAUUUUCCAAUAUCCGAUACAGAAGAUGAGGUCACAUAUGCCGAUGUCAAUAGACAAGUCACCCUUAUACUGAACAUUCUUUUAAGCAUUAUUGCCUGUGGAGCUGCUAUUUGGAUAGCAGCAAGAUGGUUGAGCACUCCUGUACGACUUGCUUUGAGCCUUGGUGGGAGCAUUUUAGUUGGUAUAGCGGAAGUCGUUGUCUAUUCAGGAUACCUUCGAAGGAUUGGUACAGCGAAACAAAAUGAGAAAUCUAUAGUUGAGAAAAAAGAGAUUCUUGAGACAUGGGUGGUGAAGUCAAACUUAAAACCCGAAUUAAGAAAUAGCUCCGCUGAUGCUAUCGAUAUUGAUUUAAAGAAAUUCACUGAUGAAUCUCGAGCUCGUCGGCGGAGAAAGCAGAAAGACACGAGAAGCUGA